GCGGCAUUGUGGGAUGCGAAGGCCGCCGGGGAAGAGGUGUUAUCGCCAGGGAAGCCUUUCGGUUUCUCGGAUUCCCCCACUUGGCUGUGGCGCCUGGGGGCGCGCACGCGUGCACGACGAAGGAACAUUCGGACGCUGAGGGAAACGCGAACGCGCACUGUUCUCUCCCCCCCCCCUUUCCCCCUCCUCCUUCCCUCCCCCUCCAGAGUCCAAGAUGGCGGCGGCUGGUGCGGAGGCAGAGGCUUCCCCGGUAGUUCCCUGUUCAGUGGGCUCCUGGCCAGAUUUUGCCGUGGUCUGUUCGUUCCUGGAGCGCUAUGGUACUGUACUGGACCUGCCCGACCUCACCUUCCCGGAGCUGGAGGAGGCGCUGGAGGAGACCGGGGCAGUCGCAAAGCCAUUGGUGGAACUCCAUUUGAAACUUUUAAGGAAAAUUGGCAAAUCAGUCACAGUGGAUAGAUGGGAAAAGUACUUAAUCAAGGUGUGCCAGGAAUACAACAGCACUUGGGCCUGGGAGAUGGAGAAGAAGGGUUACCAAGAGAUGAGCGUGGAGUGCAAAGUGGGGAUACUGAAGCAUCUCUGCGAGUGCCAGUUUGAUGACAAUUUAAAGUUCAAGAACGCCAUUAAUGAAGAAGAAGCUGAUGCUAUGCGCCUCCAGCCUAUCGGAAGGGAUAAGGACGGUCUGAUGUACUGGUUUCAAUUGGAUCAGGAUCACAACAUCCGCAUGUACAUAGAGGAGCAAGACGAUCAAGAUGGUUCCACGUGGAAAUGUAUUGUCAGGACUAGGAAUGAGCUUGCAGAAACUCUUGAACUGCUGAAAGCACAGAUAGACCCUGCCUUGCUAAAGAAAUCUGAACCACAAGACAGUUCAUCUCGUGAAAGUCCUAACCCAGAAGAGGAUGAAACUAAGAAACAAAACGGGGAGGGAGCGCCAGAGGAUGGAGCAAUUAAGGAAGAAAAGCCAGAUGAAAAGAGUCAGCAGUCUCCAUCCAACUGUAAGGAGGAAGAUCAAAGUAAUGGCCUUAAAACAGAAGAUGGUCAACCUAUAAAAUCAUCUUUGCAAAUAAAGACAGAGCCUGUUUCAGACAUGGAGACGGACAAGCAAAUUGCCAAAGAAGAGAAUGACUCCUUCAAGGAAAAUGUAAAGCCUGUGAAAGAGGAAAGAACAGCACCAAAGGACUUAAAGGAACCCAAAGGGAGCACUGAUAGGGUAAUUCCACCUCAAGAACCUGAAAGGGCUGAAAUAUCAGUGAUCGUAAAACGCGCAGAUGAUCAUGCGGAAAAGACGGUGGAGGAAACGGAGAAGAUGAAGAACGAUCAGCAAGCAAAAAUUCCUCUGAAAAAACGGGAACUGAAACUGACAGAUGAUUUUGAUAGCCCCGUUAAAGGUUCCCUUUGUAGAUCUGUUACUCCUUCAAAAGAUCCAUUGUUUAAAGAUGACGGAAAGCAAGAUGAGGACCAUGUUAAGACCAGUUUAAGCACUGGUCCUGAUGGAAAGCGACUGGUUAAUGGUGAAAUGAACUGUGAAAAAACAACGCUCAAAACAAAGGUGAGCCAAGUGGAGAAUAAAACCAACAGCGUGAAAGAGACUGUUACUGCCACCAAGGAAGAAAAUGGCAUCUUAAAUGAGAGAAAAAACUCUGGAGUUAUCAAAAUUGUUCACGGCUCCAAAGAGCCUAGCAAUGCCUCUAGCAACGACAGUUCGGAAAAAGACAUUGAUAGUAAUUCUGUAUUGCCAUCGGAUGAAAAAACGGAGCAAAAAGCACUUUCAAAGGUACCACCAGAAGGCACUGAGCAGAGUAAAAUCAGCAGCGAUACCAAGGAAGUAGCAGAAGUAACAACAGAAGAACCAGCAGUUGAGUCCAGUGAAGAUAAGUCAGCCAUAGCCAAGGAGACAUCACAACCAGAUACAAAGAGUGAAGUGGCCAAUAAAGACCCAGUUUUAGAAAAAUCAAAAGAAAACAGUGAAUCUAAAACCAUUCCCCAGAAUUUGACAGAGGAUCAGAGCAAAUCAGAAAAGUCAAAGGUAGAGCCUAAACAAAAGGUUGAAUCUGUUGAACCCAUUAAAGAAGCUAGUAAAGAUGAUCCUGUGGUUGAGCCAGAAAUGGAAACAAAGAAGACUAAAAAACCACAGACCUCUAAAAAAGCUGCUACAGGUGCAAAGAAUUUAACGCUUAAACUUGAAGUACCUUCUGAAAGCAAACCCAAGGAGCAAGAUGAGGAAGAGGUCCCCAAAUCUUUGGAGAACGAUCAAAAAACCUCUUUGAAAUGUAAACCUAAAGAUAAAGGUGUUUCAAAAGAAGCCAGUGACAGUAUUGUGAUUAAAUCUACCCAGAAAGAGAAAAAGCAAGCAGGUAAAACUCCGGUGGAGGAAGAGGAGAAGGUCUCAAAUACAGAGAAACCGGCUUCAAAGAGUAGAUCUAGAUAUAAGCAUGACCCAGUGGAUGAGAGCAGUGAGACAGAAGGUCAGGAAACAACAUCAGAGAGGCAUAAAGAGGGAAUAAAGUUGACAAUUCGGACUAUCCGGGUGGCCAGUAAGAAUAGGAGACAUGAGGUACCGGAGGCACAGCCUGAAAUUUCAGAGGAGGCUGAGGAAAGUAUCGGUCGCACAUUGAGGCGUUCCCCUCGAAUUUCCCGCCCUUCGGUGAAGCCAGCUGCUGAAGUCAAAGAUCGAAAGGCAGAAAAGAAACAAAGCGACGAGGAAGACAAGCCUGCUUCUCAGAGAACAGAGAAAGAUGACGAGAGAAAGACUGAUAAAGACUCAAGCCAAAAAAUAAAAAAGAAUAAACCAAGGCAGAGGAGGCGAGCGCGUUGGACAAACUCUCGGUCGCGGCGGAGACGCAAAUCUUCCAGUGAGGAUGAAAGUGAGGAGUCUGACAGUGAGGAGGAUUCAGAGGGGGAUUCAGAAGAUGAAGAGAAUAAGGAAGAUGGUGCCCCCGGUGAAGAUGAUGAGCCUUGCAAGAAGUGUGGCCUCCCCAACCACCCAGAAUUGAUUUUGUUGUGUGACUCCUGUGACAGUGGAUACCAUACGGCUUGCCUUAGGCCACCCCUGAUGUUGAUUCCAGACGGAGAAUGGUUCUGCCCUCCAUGCCAACAUAAGCUACUGUGUGAAAAACUGGAUGAGCAGUUACAGAAUUUAGAUGUGGUUCUGAAGAAGAAGGAGCGAGCAGAGAGGAGGAAAGAACGGUUAGUUUACGUUGGAAUCAGCCUCGAGAACAUCAUCCCAACUCAAGAACAAGAGGAGGUGCCGGAGGUACAGGAAAAAGAAGAAAAGAAGAAAAAGAAACCAAAGUCAUUGGAAAGACGGUCCACAAGAGCAAGAAAGUUCAUAAGCUACAGGUUUGAUGAAUUCGAUGAAGCAAUCGAUGAAGCAAUAGAAGAUGAUAUCAGAGAUGCAGAUGGAGGGGGUGGAGGACUGUUGCACAUUAGCACACAUACCGCACGUAUGGACUGUGAUAACACAAAGCAUCAGGCUACUGGUCGAGGGAAGGACAUGUCCAACAUCACUGGGCACCGAGGAAAGGACAUUUCCACCAUUUUGGAAGGAGAAAAGACAGAAGGAAAACGGCCACAGAGAGCAGUCUCUCGCCGUAAAAAACGCAGGCGGCUGAAUGACUUGGACAGUGACAGCAACAUGGAAGAGGAGGAAAGUGAAGAUGAGUUCCGGAUUAGCGACGGAUCUCAGGAUGAGUUUGUAGUGUCUGAGAAUGCAGAAGAGAGCGAGGAAGACCAGCAAUCAAACGAGAGUGACUUUGGUGCACGCAAACCAAGGAGGCACUACCGGCAGCCAGUGAGGAAAAGUAGGCGCAUAAAAAAGCGGUCUACAAGGUGGAGAUUUUCGGAUGAUGACGACGAUGAUGAUGAGGAGGACGACUCUGAUGAGGAUCCUCAGGAGUCUGAAACUGAAGGCUCCAGUGAUUAUAGCGACGAUUAUCUGGAUACUCGCAGGAGGCGAUCGCGGAGAAACCAAAAACGCAUGGUGAAUUACAGAGAAGAGUCUGAAAGCGAAGGCUCACAGAAAGCAGCUCGUUACGGCAGAGGCAAAGAGAUGAGGAGGAUACUCAAGCGUAGGUUUUCCAGCUCUGACAGCAAUGCGAGCGACUACUCCAAAGACUCGGACGAUGACCUGCAACAUAGGGGUAGGAAGCAUGCAUUGCGGAAACGAAUUAGAAGUUCCAAUGAUGAGCAGUCUGAAGAGGAGGAGAAACCAGUCAAAAAACGACUCAACCGAAUUGAGACAGAUGAGGAUGAUGACGACGACGAUGAAGAGGAGAAGGAGGAGAAGGAGAAGGAAAAACCAAAACCCGCAGAUGAAAAGCCUCCUACAGUAGAAAAACCACCCGCCACAAGCACUCUCCCAGAAAGCACUAAAAAGCCUUGUUACCGGAUAGAGAGCGACGAUGACGAUGAUUUUGAUAACGUAGGGAAAGACGGAAGCCCGUUGGACUAUAGUUUGGUGGAUUUACCCUCCACCAAUGGACAAAGCCCGGGGAAAACUAUUGAAAGUUUGAUUGGGAAGCCAAGUGAAAAAAGUCAGGCUACUAAGGACACUUCAGCCAAUAUCAGCCAGGCUUCCAACGGGACAGGUAGUAACCAGGAAGCCGCAGUGCCAGAGGAAGACGAAGACGAACUCUUGCGAGUAACUGACCUUGUGGAUUAUGUCUGUAACAGUGAACAGUUAUAAAACUCCUUUUUUUUUUUUUUUUUUUUCAUUUGUGCUAAUUUAUUCCACAGUAGCUCAUACCAGCGGGCCAGAUCUUAAAAGGAAAAAAAAAACAGAAAAGGCAAUUUUAUUCCUCCUGGAAAGACCUCUCCACUACAGAUUUUACCUUUUAUAGAAGUGAAUAUUCCACCAGUCCUGCAGUCUUUCUGUGAAGUGACCAGUUUUCGAACUUGCAAAGAUUUCUGUACAUUUUUUUUUUCCAUUUUUAUCAUCAUCCUUUCAUUGCAUUUGUGGACGGGGGGGGGUGAUUUUACUGAUGGAAACCAACCUGGGGGGUGGAAUAAACAAAAAAAAAUAACCUUUAAAGAAGAAAACCAUUUUUUUUGUGGCUCUUCGGAAAUUUGUUAAUAGGGGGUCGGACAAUAAUGCAUUCCAUGUGUCCCAAAAAUACACAAUUAUUUUUCACUUUUGGGGCAGGGAGCAGAAUCCAACAUGGAGGACGGGAGGGGGCGGGGGAGGUAGGGAUAAGCACUUGUUGCUUUUAGCUUUUUUCAUAUGAGAUAUAUAUUCUAUUUAAAUACUCAGUACUUAGGUUACGAUAAACAGGCAGUCAUAAUAAAAAUUACCAACUACUUAACUGUUGCUUUGUGAGUCUUAGAUAUACAAUUGGUCGCCCUGUUUUGUUUUUUGUAAACCUAGUCUAGAAAUUAUGUAUAUUUAACCACUUCUGUGUCAGAAGGUCUUAUAAAAAAAAUAUUGUUUCAA